CGUCCUCGUGUAAAAAUGAUAAAACGAAACCUAAAAAUGUGCGUCAGAGUCAGAUUGAGAAAAUCUCGGCGAAAAGGGGCAGACGGAGCAUUUGAAGGCGAGUUCGUCCGGGACAGCAUUCCGUAACUUCUUACUGUUGUUUUGUACGGGAUUCACAUUAUCACUGUGAGUGUGAAGUUUCAGGACAGUCUGCAAAGAGCAUGGCGCUGGAUUCCUGUGGGCAGUUUUGCAAAUGCGUCUGUAUUAUUCUAAGUCUCAUUUAUGGGGUAGCUGGCCUUGUCCUGAGCGGCCUGGGUAUAUGGCUGAGGCUGAGUUCAAUGACACGUGGACUGUUUGAUGUCAAUCUAGACACUAAGCAAUUUGUAAUUGUUGUCAUCCUGCUGAUUGCAUUUGGACUGAUGCUGUUGUGCUUCGCAAUUUCCUCAUUAUGUGGUGCAUGCACUGAAUCUGUUGAAAGCAUCAAUGUUGCAGGAUUCUUUUUGGGAUUACUCUUCGGAGGAGUAAUUGCAGGUGGAACUCUUACUUUCAUCUUUAAAAAUACGGUUGCUGAAAAUCUUAGUGAAUUUUACUCAGUGGUUUAUUUAAAAUAUUUGAACACCAGAGACCCCAGUCUGGCUAUCACUCUCAGCUUAUUCCACAAUCUGUUUGAUUGCUGUGGAAUUGGCGGGGGUGUUUUGGAACCUUUUGUCCGUGAAACGUGUCCAGAAAAAGGACUGUGGGGCAGCAUUAACACAAUGCCUUGUCCCUCUAUCAUUCUGAACACAGUUAACCCUUAUAUAGGAACCAUACUUAUCAUCUUCCUGGUAAUGGGUGGAUUCAUGGUGAUGACAGGUAUCUUCAAUGGCAUACUACACACGGAAAUUAAAAAAGACAAGAAUCAAGCAUCCCAAGAGGCCUUGCCACUGCAUAUGCACAUGUACACAUUUUAAAGACUGCCAUUUCAUACUUCUUUUUUGUCAUCAACCUACAUUUGAUUAUAUUGCAGUCUCUCUUCUCUUCUGUUUGAAAUUGUUAUGGCUGCAGGAGAAGAAGUUGUAGUGGUGUACCAUUAUUGACACACGAGGACAGGUUUUUUGCGCUGUACAGGCAGCAGUCCUUGAUUUGUUCUGCUUAGCUAGAUGCCAAUAUCCAAGCAUAGUUUUAUUAUAAAAGGGAUACUUGCAGCUUUCUUUUAGACCAUUUAUAUUUCAUUUAGGCUGCUUCCUUCUCUUUAGUGAUACAUUUUAGCACAUCAGACUUUGUGAGAUUAUAUAAAUAUUACAUAGGACAUCUUUAACAAGGUAAAUCAACAAACAUUCAACAUCUACAGCAUCAAAACAUUCUAAUAAAGGAGCACAUUGACUCCAUCUGAAAACUGAUCUUUCUGUCCAUUAGAGUGCAUUGUUGUGGGCAGCUGUCACUGAGAGUUAUUCAGAGGUUUGUAGUCCUUGUUUUUUUGGCAUAUAUUUAUAAAUUAUAAAGACAACAUUUGUUUAUGUGGUUGUAAAACAAUUUAUUAAAGGUUUUCUUAAAGUGUG